CGUCCCGUUUUCUACGGUCGCGGUAUCGAAAAAUUACGCUGAAUCGUUAUCAUGUUCUCUAUGGCCAUUUCCGAAUAUUGAGCGACGUCCCCAUCGAACCUUCUACCAUGACUUGCGCGGGCUACCUGGUGGUCAGCAACAGCCAUCUCGCCUUCGUGGAGAUCUGCACAGGCGUCCUAGUGUGCUCCCUCGACGUGGACACCCGCACGGAGCCCGUCGUUUCGUCAGAGCACGCUCUGCCGCCCCUGGAACCGCGCCGAAUGGCCAAACUGGAAGUCUGCACGACAGACGCGUCGUUACAAAAGAUGGCGGACAAGUAUAAGCAGCCUGAGGGAGAGAUGGAGCCACAGGACGAACCUAGCAAGCGCCAGCGUCUGAUGCAGCUCAGUGGCUACAUGAUCGAAGUGUUGGACCAGGACGAGGAGCUGGACGAAGCGUCACUGCCUCAGUCCUUCCAGGUGAAUACGUACAAGGUGCAUUUGCGGCCAGACGGUAGCUCCAGCAGCACGCUAAACGACUCACUCAUCCUCACAGCCACCGAUGAAGAGACUAAGAAGCUGUGGGUGAAGAAUAUCAAGUUCUGGAACCGCUACGGUUGGAGAGAUACCGUACAGGUGGCGGCCACACACAACGACCUGGUCAAGCUCCAGGAAAUACUGCAAAACUCCAGUAACCCAAGGCUCUUGGGUGUGUACCCGCGCUACAGUAGCGACGAGGCCUUCUGCCACGAGCGGAACAGCGUUAUGGUGUGCGAAGGCCACAGCAGCUUGAGCGUCCAGUCGUCUUGCGCCACGAGACGCCAAACGAGACGACGAUUCUACCGCACGGCCAUCCCUGGCUCGUUCGCGCCACCGUCGUGAAGACUCUUAUCUUGGAGAGUCCGCCACGCCACUGGGUGUACAUAACUUAUUACUAGCCUUGCGAGUACAACAGCGAGGAUGUCAUAAUUUUCAAUAGCAAUUUCAAUUGAACAUUCAUGUAAGUUGCACGUCAAUAUUUUCCGGAU